UUGUUGGACCGCAUUGUUUUUUUUUUUUUGCUGUUGUAAAUAUUGGCUUUAUUGUACCCGACCAACUGAAUAGUUUGCAUCAAUUUUAAAUGAGAUAGCAGGAAAAUUGUCACAAAUAACACAAAUAAACAUGUUUUUAUUAGCCGAAUUAAAGGACACAAUACGCAUACCGCCGGACAAUUUUGAUAUAAAACUCAUCGAUGCGGUCAAAGAUGAAAUCAAUCGCAAACUUGCAAAUAAGGUUUUAUUAAAUGUUGGUUUAUGCAUUGCCCUCAAAGACAUUAUAAAAGUUGGUGAUUCAAUUAUAUUACCAGGUGAUGGUGCAUCUCAUACAGAAAUUCUAUUCCGUUACAUUGUAUUUCGACCCCGUGCAGGUGAUAUUAUCACGGGCAAAAUACGGAGUUGCAGUCGUGAAGGUGUUCACGUCACACUAGGUUUUUUCGAUGAUAUUUUAAUACCGCCAACAGCCCUUCAACAUCCAUCACGCUUUGAAGAAGCCGAACAAGCAUGGGUUUGGGAAUACCCACUUGAUGAGGGAUCAAAACAUGAUUUAUUCAUGGACAUUGGUGAGCCAAUCAAAUUUCGCGUGUCGGGCGAUAUUUUUGAAGAAAGUUCACCAAUUGGACCACCAAGCAAUGAAAAACCAUCAUCAUCUAGUCAAAGUGAUAUUAAGACACCAUAUCGAAUACUGGGUGCAAUAAAUGAAUCUGGUCUGGGAUUACUAUCGUGGUGGGAUCAACAAAAUCAACAAACAGAUGAUGCUGAUGAUGCUGGCGAAGAGUAUGAGGAGUAAAUAACUCAUUUUUCAUGAGUUCAUUCCAAAACCGAAGAAAAACAUAUGUAUAAUUGUCUGACAAAAAAAAACACAUGUUUUUGUGAAAAAAGAGAUAUCAAUUGGUUCAAAAAUGAAGAGACCAGAAAAACUAUGUUUUUGAAUUGCGUCACACAUUUUUAACAUAAUCUUACGCAAGUGAAAGUAUGUAUGAAGCAUUUAGAAAUGAAAUAUUUCACCAUAUUUAUACUAUGCCUGUACCUAUAUGGUCAACAAAGAUAAAUUGUUUUUAUAUUCGUAAAAAACAAUGAAACAGUUGUUAAGCGUGAGACUAGAGGUUAAUUAAUUUAUUAAUUUUUUUUUUGUCACUGAAAUUGUGUCUAAUGACUCAUUGAUUUAUAUAAUAAAUUGUUCUCAGUUUUUGGGUAUUUUUUUUUUUAGUUUACCCUUAGCUGAUUAAAGUUUUAAUUCAA